AUGUCGGAAGACUAUAUAGAAAACCUUGUAAAGAAUGCACGAAAGGCUGCCAAUGUAUUGCAACACAUGAAACCAGAAGACAAGACUAUAUGUCUGCCAAUACUAAGAGAUAAACUUCAAUCCGACAAAAGCAAUAUAUUGCUUGCCAACAGACAAGACAAAGAGAAUGCAGAAAAGUUAGUCCAGUCUGGAAACCUAUCACCAUCUCUUUUUAAAAGACUCGAUCUUGAAGAUGGCGAUAAAUUCGAUUCGAUGCUCCAAGGAAUUACCGACAUUGAUAACUUGCCCGAUCCAACCGGAAAAAUAACGUAUGCGUGUAGACUGGACGAAGGAUUAGAAUUAUACAGAGUCACAUGUCCUGUUGGAGUGUUGCUAGUAAUCUUUGAAGCAAGACCGGAAGUGGCUGUCAACAUUACCGCAUUAGCGUUAAAGUCUGGAAACGCUGCGAUCCUUAAAGGCGGUACAGAAUGUCGUCUGUCGUUGGCGGCCUUGUAUUCAUCCAUUCGUUCCGCUCUUGCCGAGACCAACAUUCCACCGACUGCAAUCCAGCUUGUCGAAACUAGAGAAGAGAUUAGCGCAUUACUCAGCAAAGACAAGUACAUUGAUCUGGUGAUUCCACGAGGGAGCAAUAGUCUAGUCAAACAUAUUCAAGGCAACACAAGGAUACCUGUUCUCGGACAUGCUGACGGAUUAUGCUCUGUUUACGUUGACAAGGACGCUGAUCUUCAGAAAGCCGUUCGUGUUGUAGUCGAUUCAAAGAUCAAUUAUCCGGCGGCAUGUAAUGCAGCAGAGACUCUUUUGAUCAAUCGCUCCAUUCUAUCGACACACUUUUCAACAAUUGCCAAUGCACUCGCACAAGCCAAAGUCAAGCUUCAUUGUGACGCCGAAGCGCUAUCCUCUCUCUCGGAUCAGGAAAACCCCUUUUUCAAGCCAUGUGAGGAGACGGAUUUCGAUACCGAAUUCUUGGAUUUGAGAAUUGCUGUAAAGACUGUCGGCAGCGUAGAAGAGGCGAUUGUACAUAUUAAUGAGCAUGGCAGUAAACACACGGAUGCUAUAAUUACGGAGAACGAAGAUACGGCAAGAAGCUUUAUGCAAGGUGUGGAUGCAGCAGGUGUUUAUUGGAAUGCAAGUACCAGAUUUGCUGAUGGUUUCAGAUACGGAUUUGGUGCCGAGGUUGGGGUUAGUACAAACAAGACACAUGCGCGAGGACCUGUUGGUUUAGAGGGGCUUGUCAUUUAUAAAUAUCAGUUGUAUGGAAAUGGUCACAUUGUUUCAGAAUUUGGUGAAAGCGAUCAGAAGAAAAAGUAUCUGCAUCAGAAGAUUCAACACUAG